AUGGCCGUCUUUUCUCGCGCCGGCUUCCUUGCCAUCGCGCUCGUCUUCCACGUCGUGUACAUCUACUCCAUCUUCGACAUUUACUUUGUCAGUCCAAUCGUUUCGGGCAUGCAACUCGUUCCAAUUGAACGUCCCGCCGGUGUCAAACCCCCCGCUGAUCGUCUUGUUCUCUUCGUCGGAGACGGUCUGCGAGCCGACAAAGCCUUCCAGUCGUUCCCAGACCCCUACCCUAAGACUGAGGAAGACUUGGAGCCAAAGCCUCUGGCCCCGUUCCUACGAUCCCGCGUUCUCGAGCAUGGCACUUUCGGUGUAUCACACACUCGCGUACCGACCGAAUCUCGUCCAGGCCAUGUCGCCCUCAUCGCUGGUCUGUACGAGGAUGUUUCCGCCGUUGCGACUGGCUGGAAGCUCAAUCCAGUCAACUUUGACAGCGUUUUCAACCGGAGCAGACAUACCUGGAGCUGGGGCUCACCCGACAUCCUCCCAAUGUUCGAGACGGGAGCCGUCCCUGGCCGCGUCGACUCUUAUACCUACGGACAUGAGUUCGAGGACUUCAGCUCGGAUGCGCUGGAGCUAGACUACUGGGUCUUUGAUCAUGUCAAGGACUUCUUUGCUGAGGCUGCUAGAAACGAAACAUUGAACGCGGCCUUGCGUCAGGACAAGAUUGUGUUCUUUCUCCAUCUUCUCGGCUUGGAUACCUCCGGCCACUCAUACCGGCCGUAUUCGAAGGAGUACUUGAGAAACAUCCAAGUUGUCGACCAAGGCGUUCAGGAAAUCACCGAAUUGAUAGAUGGUUUCUACGCUGACGACCGCACUGCCUUCGUGUUCACAGCUGACCACGGCAUGAGUGACUGGGGCAGCCAUGGCGAUGGCCAUCCGAACAACACGCGUACCCCCUUAAUCACAUGGGGCUCAGGCAUUGCCCCACCGGUGCUUGCUUCCAACGCAACAGCUCCCGGACAUGACGAAUAUUCUUCUGACUGGCAUUUGGAUCAUGUCAAGAGGCACGAUGUCGCACAGGCCGAUGUAGCUGCCUUGAUGGCCUAUCUUGUUGGCGUCGAGUUCCCAGCCAAUUCGGUCGGCGAGAUACCACUGUCCUAUGUCUCCUCAAGCAUCGAGGAUAAGGCUGAAGCAGCUCUGGUCAAUGCCCGGGAGAUCCUCGAGAUGUACCGGGUCAAGGAAGAGCGCAAGAAGGCCACGGAGCUGCGUUAUAGGCCAUUCCACCCCUUGAGUGAGGCAGGCCUUAGUCCACAGCGCCGAGUGGUGGACAUUCGUCGAUUGAUUGAAGCUGGAAACCACGAGGAGGCAAUUGAGGAGUCGGCUGCCCUCAUGAAGAUUGCACUUGAAGGUCUAAGAUAUCUGCAGACUUAUGACUGGCUUUUUCUCCGUACGCUCAUCACUAUCGGCUACUUGGGCUGGAUGGCAUUCGCGAUGACCAUCGUCAUUGAUCUUCAUGUUCUGCGUGGCAAUCGCCCUGCUUCACGAACAUUGCUGAGCACAACGAUGUUCAGCUCACUUCUUGCUGCUCUUUAUGCUUCCUUCAUUAUAUCUCACUCACCGCUUACGUACUAUGCGUACGCUUUCUUCCCCAUUGUUUUCUGGGAGGAGGUCUGGGCCCGACGUGGCUCUCUCGUAGAAGGCCGUCAGGUCCUGUUUGGACAUAUCCAGACUGGCCCCAGUGCUGUUUCUUUUCUCCUGAAUGGUGCUCUUUACAUCGGUGUCAUCGUUUCGUUGGCUCUAGGAUACAUCCAUCGGGAGAUUCUCACGGUCAUCUAUAUUCUCGGCUCGUUGUGGCCGGUUACAUGGGGCUUGGACUUCCUCCAGGCUAAUGCGUUUCUGUCUGCCACAUGGUUCAUGUCAUGCCUUGCCAUGAGCACGUUCACGUUGCUCCCGGCUAUGAAGGUGGAGGAUGUCUCUCUCAUCGUGGCAGGAGGAGUCAUCAUGGCUUCCAUAGGUCUAGCAUAUCUUGUCUGGGAGGACGUGUUGCUUGCUAGGUCGUCUACGGGCAAAGUAGUCGGCCAAGGGCUGCCAAUCGCGAGGGCACUGACAGGUAUUCAAGUAAGCUUAUUUCCCCGACUAUGUAUUGAUCUCAAUCUCACGAGAGACAACCAGGUCGGCUUGAUUCUCCUGGCAAUCGUAGUCACGCGGUCCAGCGCUCUGUCUCUUCAAGCAAAACUCGGGCUUCCGCGAGGAAACCAGAUUGUGGGAUGGAUUGUGUUGGGUGAGACCAUUCUGUUGGUUGCAUGGGUUAGUCUUGAACACCGCAUCUUCGUCUUCGGCGAUGUUGCCAGUGAACAUCGGCAACCCACAUCUAACGGAAGCGCCGCCAAGUCGCAGAGCGUACCACAGCCGGUCUUCAGAGCUCUUACUUUGGCAGACGCACGAGUGGCUUUGUUCUUCUUCGUCCUCCUGCAGUCGGCUUUCUUCAGCACAGGCAACGUAGCAUCGGUCUCCUCCUUCAGUCUGGAUGCCGUGUACCGUCUGAUUCCGAUAUUUGACCCUUUUUCGCAAGGGAUACUUCUCAUUCUCAAGCUUAUGAUUCCUUUUGCCCUCAUCUCGGCGAACCUCGGAAUCCUCAAUGCCCGGCUGGGUGUUGCUCCCUCGUCUCUAUUCAUGGCUGUAAUGGCCAUCAGCGACGUACUUACCCUAUACUUUUUCUGGGUCGUCAAGGACGAAGGCUCAUGGUUGGAGAUCGGAUCCACCAUUAGCCACUUUGUCAUUGCAAACGUGCUGUGCCUCUUUGUGGCAUCAUUGGAGGGAGUUAGCGCGCUCUUCAUUGGCGACGUCGAAGUGGAGGGUCGUCAGGGGAGACGUGAACAAAAACAAAAUGGGACGGCGAGUUUGGCUUAUACCGAGGCUCCUCUAGCCAACGGUCAAGUGUCUCAAGUAACGGUGAGAUCGUAG